UUGUUCCUGUAUAUAAAGACUUUUUAUUAGAAAUACAUUAAAAAGCCGAACUAAAUUUUGAAAAGAGAAAAUCUGUGUAAACUGCCAUCGAUUCACCAACUGAUCAUAUUCUCCGUCAUUAUCAAAAUGAUCUUUUCGGUCAUCAGUCUUCUUGUAACGCUUAGUUUUACAGAGGCACAACCCUUAUAUUCAGAUUCAAUGGAUGACUACAAGAUUGAAAAGAAGUGGCGCAAAUUACAAACAGAUAUGGAAAUUCAUAUCACAAGGACAGUAAAGCAGGAAAUUACUAACAAAAAAGGAGAACCCGGAAUUCCUGGAAGAGAUGGACUGCCAGGACAGCCAGGACUGCCAGGACUACGAGGACCAAUCGGAGUUGUUGGUUUACCUGGAGAACCCGGACCUACAGGACCCGAGGGGGCAAGAGGACCCCCAGGAGAGGAAGGCCGACCAGGAAUACCAGGUCCCGCUGGUGCUAAAGGAAAUGCUGGACUCCCAGGGAGAGAAGGAUUACCUGGUAUCCCAGGGGAGAAGGGAGAGGCUGGUGUCCCAGGACGGCCGGGAGCCCAAGGGUUAGAUGGACCCCAAGGACCCCCGGGUCUGCCGGGAGAGCGCGGUCGUGAUGGAGCCCCAG